CCAAAAAGUAUCCAUGUCACUCCCACUUCCUAUUCAAGAUAAAUCCCCAUUUUCACAGAGAUCCAGACAACACCAGACAGAAUAAGAUUAUUUAUUAUAAAGUUUUCAAAUGAACUCGUCACGUUCAACAUAUGCGUCAAGGGCAUGCUGAGGGCCAGCAUUUCUAGAAGCCUGAAACACAUUUGUGGCAACAGCACAGCUGUAUUAGAGCUAUUCGAGCGUGUGUCUUUUGUGAGGGAGUAAUUCAGGCCAGUCUGACUGGAGCUCUGGGAUUCUGCCACAGACAUGCAUUGCCACUGAGACCAGACCUGCUCCAACCUGGAUGGAUCAGAGACUACAGGGGCUGCAGAGGAAAUCAUCUCCACCAAAGUUGGAUGUUUUGGUUUGAGGCUUUGCUGGGAAUUGCCAUUGACUUUUGGAAGGUUGCAAUUACCAGACUGAAAUAAUGUCCAUGGACUGGCGUGGAGGUGAAAGGCUGCUUAUAGGCUUGUUUGUGAUGCUUAUCCUGAGGCUCAACCACUGUGCUGGACAAAGCUAUGAACGCUGGGAGGCUGGGUCCUCAUGCUAUGGAGGGUUUGACCUUUACUUUGUGCUGGACAAGUCUGGAAGUGUACAGCACCACUGGAAUGAGAUCUACUACUUCGUUGAUCACCUUGCACACAAGUUCAUCAGCCCCCAGCUCCGUAUGUCCUUCAUAGUCUUUUCAACGGAGGGAAGUAUCUUGAUGAAACUGACAGAAGACAGGGAUCAGAUUCGUGCUGGGCUGGAGGAACUUCAGCGAGUCUUGCCGGGUGGAGAUACCUUCAUGCACAAAGGUUUUCAGAGGGCAAGCGAGCAGAUAUACUACGGAACAGGUGAUGGAUACCGCACAGCGAGUGUCAUCAUUGCUCUGACAGAUGGAGAAUUGCGCGAGAAUGAAUUUGACUUGGCAGCCAGAGAGGCUGGUCGCUCACGUCAGCUGGGAGCUUCUGUGUACUGUGUUGGAGUGAAAGACUUUAAUGAAACCCAGCUGGCAACAAUAGCUGACAGCGAAGAUCACGUCUUCCCUGUUAAUGAUGGCUUUGAAGCCCUGCAAGGGAUCAUUGAUUCGAUCCUGAAGAGAUCCUGCAUAGAGAUCCUCGCUGUGGAGCCCUCAAGUAUUUGUGCAGGAGAAUCCUUUGAGGUGGUAAUUCGAGGGAACGGAUUCCUUCAUGCCCGCGAUGUGAACAGAAUCCUUUGCAGUUUCCGUAUCAACAACACCCUCACCGUGAUGAAGAGGCCUCUGAUAGUUGAAGACACAUACCUGCUCUGCCCAGCGCCUGUACUGAAGGAGGAGGGAACGACGGCCUCCCUUCAUGUCAGUAUGAACAACGGCCUGAGUUUUAUCUCCAGUUCUGUGACCAUCACGACUGUCAGCUGUGUGAGUACAGUAACCCUGCAGGGCAGCAGUGCCAAGCCCACUACCUCUGUUACACUGGGCAGAGCCACUGUCAGUACCACUACACUGGGCAGUACCUCUAGUUCAGCUCCAUCUUCAGUCUGCCCUCUGAACACAACCGACGGAACGUUCUUGGUCAUAGCACUGCUGAUACUGCUGCUGCUGAUCACAAUGGCCACACUCUGGUGGUUUUGGCCCAUCUGUUGCACAGUGAUCAUCCAUGAGCCGCCGCCGCCACCAGUCAUGGAUGACAGCUCGGAUGAAGAGGAUGAAGCCUACCCAAAGAAGAAAUGGCCGACAGUGGACGCCUCGUAUUAUGGUGGGAGAGGAGUUGGUGGCAUUAAAAGGAUGGAAGUGCGCUGGGGAGAUAAGGGAUCCACUGAAGAAGGAGCCAAACUGGAGAAGGCAAAGAAUGCUCGGGUGAAGAUGCCAGAACAAGAGUUUGAGUUUCCGACCACACGGACUCUAAACAACGGCAUGUGGAAACCCAUCUCCCAUCAGAAGUGGUACUCACCAAUCAAGGGGAAACUGGAUGCCUUGUGGGUGUGGCUUAGGAGAGGAUAUGACCGCGUGUCUGUGAUGAGACCACAGCCGGGAGAGAAGGGUCGCUGUAUGAAAUUUACCCGUGUGAAAUCCUGCCCGCCCCCUCGAUACCCGCUUUACAACAACCCCUCCAGCCACAUCUACAGCCUCCCCCAUAGCCAAUGCCCUCCUGUCCCGCAGGGCACCCUGCCGCCCACCCCGCGCUGCUCCGCCCACUCUUCAACCUCCACCUUGCCCCCUUUGCCAUCAACCCCACCCCCAACAUCCAUAACCCCUCCCCCUUACACACCACCUCCAACCAGAGCUCUUCCUCCUACCUGUCUGAACAUCAGUGUGACUCUGCCUCCUCCUCCAUCCACACCGCCGCCACCAACAAGCUUCCUACCACCCUCUUCACCCAGCACCUUGCCUCCGCCCCCUCAGGUGGCUCCGCCCGGACGAGCCCCGCCCCCUUCUCGUCCACCACCACGCCCAGGCCCUGAGGAACCGCAGUGCUACCAGGACUGAGUAGGUCUUAGGGAUUUGCACACACAAACAAACAAAAAAAAACCUGCUGGUAAUACCAGUGCAAAAAUUCAGUGCUGCAUUUUCCAGGCAUUAAAAAGGAGCAACAUGAUUAUUACAAAUGACAAUGGCUGAAGAUGGGAUUUAAUGUGGCAGGGACUGUAUUAUUGUGCACUUGAUUCUGAUUGGUUGACAAAAACUGCAUGUUUAUGAAGUAGCUCAAGGUUUGUUGACUUUCAAUAUAGCCUUUCCAUGUUCUUUGUGAAAUGUAAAUUAACAGAACAUCAAAGAGAGUCAGAGCAAAAGAACCAGAAAGAGAUAAAAAUGAUAAACAUCUGGAUUUUUGAAUUAUUUAAACUUAAAUUGUACAUUUAUGUAUUUGACUUGCGUAUAAAAUUUCCAUCCAUUUGGAUUGCACAGUUCACAUGAACAAAUAAACUUAAUGUGAUGCAUAUUUGUCAGUCACGCAAAAACAGGUAGGAUUUCUGUAAUAGUACUAAUAAACUGAGGGUUUACACAAUAACCAGGUUUAGAUAUUUAUCAUCUAUAAAUCAAAAUUGUUUCAAUCUAACUCAUUUUAAUUAACUGAAUAUUGUUUGUUCCACGGCUAGCCAUAUUUCAACCAUUUUAAAUUAAUAAAUUGAACUGUUUUUGAAAUUAAAAGAUUUAUGUUGAUUCUAAAGAAACUGGACAAAUGCAUUUUGAUUAUUUGUAAUCAUUUAAAUAAGAUCAAAAAGACACAAAAUAAUAAAUUAUGCCAUAAUUAAUUAAAAAAGUGCAUCUUACCCGUUUCAUUUAUGUAUGACUGGCAAAUAUGCAUUGCAUUAAGUU